GCCUGAGGAAUCAAUACUUCGUAUGAUGGGAUUGUAACGCCCUUCUCCGCUUCGCUAUCAUGCAGAUUUGAUCAAGCUCUCAUUCAUCUCACAACUCGCCUCAGACGUCGUGUUCAAUUGACAUUUCGCGGUGCCACUUGUCGUCAUGGCUCACAUUCGACUCGCUUCACAAGCAUUCCAUCGUCCAGCGGAAUGGGCGCGACACGCUCGCACCAUUCUCGCUUGGCCCGGUAGCGAAACCGUUCACUACAAAGAAUUUCCUGGCGCGCUCGCCUCCGCGACAAGAGAAGUGUCCGCCAUUGCCGACGCUGUCGCGCGCUUCGAACCCGUCACCCUGGUCGUCGAGCGAGCCCGCCUGGAAGACGCGCGGAGCCGGUUUGCCCCAGGGACGACAAAACACAACGUUGGCCUACACCCCAUUGACGGAAAACAGCUCGACUUGUGGAUGCGCGACAUAGCGCCAACCUUCACUGCCAGAACGAGGCCCAAUGGGCCAGAUAGCCGCGCGAUAUGCGGCGUCGACUUCAACUUCAACGGCUGGGGGAACAAGUUUCGGACAGACACGUCUGUCGGCCUCGGGACAGAGACAUGCGUUGGUUUUGCGCGCACGCUGCUGCAAGACCUUAAGAUUCAGCGCAUCGAGUCGACGGUUGUCACAGAAGGCGGCGCCAUUGAGGUCGACGGCGAAGGAACCAUGAUCGCCACCGAGAGCUCCAUCAUCAACGACAAUCGUAAUCCCGGAAUGAGCCGAGAGGACAUCGAGGCAGAAUUCGCUCGCACGCUGGGAAUCGAUAGGCUCAUAUGGGUUCCGGGCGUCAAGGACGUGGAGGUGACGGACUGCCACAUCGAUGCCUUCAUCCGCUUCGUGCGCCCUGGAGUCGUUCUGUUGAGUAGACCAAGCGCGGAGGAGACUCGGAAUGCGGCUAGCGUCUGGGUGCGAGCAUACAAAGAAGCGGUCGACAUUAUUUCCAGAGAAAAGGAUGCCAAAGGACGUUCGCUCGAGGUCAUUGAGAUAUCAGAACCCGACAUCUCCGAGGCCGUUGCUGAUGAGGAGUAUUUGAGGGCAAUCGAGGCCAGCGAAUUACCUCCGCCGGCAUUCAACUACGCCAACUACCUCAUGGUCAAUGGAGGGCUAAUAUUCCCUCAGUUUGGCGACAAAAAUUCCGAUGCGACCGCUUUGGCGACGAUUCAGCGGUUGUUCGAGGGUGAGAGAGAGAUCGUGACAGUAUCCUUACAGGAGCUGCCACUGAUGGGUGGGGGGAUACACUGCGCGACACAGCAGAUUCCUUCAUCGCCAUGGGUCCCUUGAUGGCGGGUUGUCGUGGGGCUUCGACUGAGAAUAGUUGUAUUUGAUAGCAUGGCACCUCUCACUGGACGUAUUGGAGUCGUUUGGGCGUCUCGAUGGUCCCAACACCGCCUCCCUCACAUCUUCCAGUACUUCGGCCAUGCAUGCAAAUUGGUCACCUCAAUCAAUGCCGUUCGUAGUAGCCAAAAAGUCACCGGUUUCCAUCUCAUGACCAAUUGCUUGCCGCAUGG